GCAUUUUGUGUUUGUUGCUUGCAUUUGUAGGCUUUCUCGACCCCAUCGAGCGCUGCACGGGGCCUCGUUGAGUAGUCAUGUGACACUUUUGCGGUUUUACUUUCACUUUGGUUUUCUUCUCAGAGAACGCAGAACACCGGUGACCGGAAGACUGAAGCCACGCGAAGUUUUACUUCGCCGCUGCCACUGGUUUCGCCAUUGCCGCUGGUUGUUGUUGCCGAUCAAACCUUCGCCAUCUGUCUUUGAGAUUGCAGUAUAAAAUUCUAGCAACAACGAUCAACCUUUUAUAUUGAUCAAUUUGGAUCUCCUUUGGCGGCCUUCUCUUUGUUUUCUUUCUGGAAAUUGUAUUUGAGAUUGGUAACUACCGUCUUCUCUGAAUGGAUUGGGGAAAUGGCUAUUGCUUCUUUUUGACACUUCCAAAUCUCACCAUUUCCUUUCUCAUCAUUGCUUUCACUGUCAUUACCAUUCGGAUUGUUUAUGUGAUACACCGGAGCAGUAGACCUCUUUACACCUCACCUCCACAAUCUCUCAGCACUCUUAUUAUCCUAGGUUCAGGAGGUCACACUGCUGAGAUGAUUAAUCUGUUGUCUGUGCUUCAAAAGGAUAAGUUUACACCAAGGGUCUAUAUUGCGGCUUGGACUGAUAAUAUGAGUCUUCAAAAGGCUCGAGUUUUGGAAGAAUCCUUGGUUGAUCAGACAGGUGCUCAGAAGGUUAAAGUUCCCACCCAGUUCAUGCAGAUAUAUCGGAGCCGGGAAGUAGGUCAAUCGUAUUUAACAUCUGUUGGGACAACCCUACUUGCUAUGGCCCAUGCCACAUGGCUUAUGAUUAAAAUCAGGCCUCAAGUGAUUCUAUGCAAUGGUCCUGGAACUUGUAUUCCUCUCUGUGUGGCUGCAUUCCUUUUCAAGGUAGUUGGAAUUAGAUGGUCAUCCAUUUUUUAUGUUGAAAGUAUAGCCAGAGUGAGGAGGCUGUCUUUAAGUGGCUUGCUUCUUUACAAGUUAGGCAUUUCUGAUCAGUUCUAUGUGCAAUGGCCACAACUACAAAAGAAAUAUCCGCGGGCUCACUAUGUUGGUUGUCUUAUGUAGCUGUAUCACUUUUGCUGCUGCCAGGCUGUUAACUACAUACUGCUACAAGCGAGCAUGGUGAAUGCACUAAUGGAUCAUGUGCACACUGAAGUAACAUGGCAAUAAUAGAUAUUGUUCAUAGCAUUUAACUACAAAGCCACUGACUUCUUAUUGCAUGCUUGUGUUGUGGAGCCUAGGAUGUGCAUAUUUGAUAUUUCUAGCCAUUAAGUAUGGUUUCUGUGUUGGACAACAUGAAGCACAUGGAUUUUGAAAGAGGAAACCUUAGAGAUGGUUUUCCUCAAUUUCUCUUUUUCUCCCAAUGCAUUUUCAUGGCUAAUGGUAAGAUUUUUGAGUCCAAAAGUCACAUUGGAGAAUAAAAGACUGUAGUUCCCUUAUUAACAACUCUCUUAAAUGUUUGUCUAAAUUUAACAAAAUAAAAAAUAAAAAAAUAAAAGCAUUGUUUAGUAUCACUGAUAUAGAACCAAGAAACUUUUAGUACAAUAGCUCUCUCACUAAACUGAUAUUAUGUUUUAUAUUUUUCCGAUUUAGAUUAUCGGUUUAGGUUUUUAAAAUUCUUUACAGAUCAGUAGAGAAUCUUGUUAGGAAUAAAGAAUUAAAGAAUUGGCUUUUCCUCAUAUAUGGGUCCCUCUGGACUAGGCUUUGUUUGCAGAGGCCAUGUAGAGGCUGACCAUCUAUGUCUACUCUGACUCAAUAGGAGAAGGGGAUUUAGUUAGAGCUGAGACUUGGCCUUCCUCCAAGUUUUAAGUUGAUGCAUUCAUUAGGCUUUGAGCACAUGUUGGUGGAAAGUGAUUAUUAAGUUUUGAUUGCAUGGAUGAAAGGUUAUGAAGGGCUUUGUCUGGAAGAGAACUCCAUCAUUUACUUAUUAAGUUUUGCACAUUGCAUGCUCACUAGAAAAGGGUUCAAAAGAAGUGUCCAUGCCCCCCAAAGGCCUUGGGUGAUCCAUGCUUGGUUAGCUCCAGAAAUUCGAACACUAAAACUUCACUUGAUGGGUUUUCUCUUGGAUAACCUGAUCCCUUGGAUCUAAAAAAGUUUUUAGAUAUUAGGAAUACUAUUGUCAACUUAGUGAACGUCAGUACAUCACUUAGAGUCAAACUCAUAGCAAUCCUUCAGAUGGACUCUAAAAAGAGCAAAUAGCUUGGCAGAUGAACUGCAAGGAAAAGUUGAGAGGCUCCAGGCCAUGGGAGUAAAUAUUCUUGCUCCCUUAUAAUGUUUUUGGUCAGCUAUGACUGUUGUACUUGUCAUCUGAAUUUUCAUGUAAAAGGCCAUUAUACUGGAUACAGACCUAACUUUGGUCUUUUUUGGCACAUAGUGGCACUCUGACUUGAAACUCUUCUCAAAUUUGUCAGCCUGAGAAUUUACCAUUACACCAAGCAAUGGCCCAUAACUAAAUUUCUAUGUUUUUUUUUUUGUAUUCCAAGUUUUUUGGUGGUGCUGAUUCCUGGAUUAUUUUUAUCCUUUUUAAUUUGUAGUUUUGUUCUGCAUCAAUUUGGUAUCAAACCAGUUGAUCCUGCAACAGACUGAAGGGUUUUUACCUUUUCUUUGUGAUUAAUUAAAAAAAGAGUUCUGGAUUGCAGAAACAAAAACAAAUGUAGUUGUUUUAGAUUUAAGAGAGAAGAGAGUGGUGCAAUCUACCUCAAUUUUAUGAUCUUAGACAUCUUAGAUGCUUAUUGUCUUGGUAGGAUUUUAUUUACUGAGAAGUUAGAAAUGCAGCCUAGAAAGCUAUAUCUGAUCUGAAAAAAAAUAAUAAUAAGAAAAUAAAAAACAACAAAAUGAAUACAAAAUAGGAAAUAUAAUAGUGGUAUGUAAUGCACUCUUGAAAUUGAUUAUUUUGUCAAUAAGAGUGAUUCAGUAUGCAGCUAACUUUUAUAUAAAGAUUAGUUGCGGUUGACAAUAUGCAUGUUGCAGCAAUUAGGUUCUACUUUUAUCCAUGUUUUUUUUUUUCUGGUAAACCACAGGAAAAGAGAAGUCAUCAUCAU